CUUUCUUUGCAGAGAUACAAAAAGUGAGGUUUGAGAGAAACUGAAGAAAUGAAGAUCCUGGUUUUACCUUUACUGUUGUCACUCAGUAUUGGCACUGAAAUGUCUCGCUGGCAUUAUGGAAGAAAGCACACUUCAAGCAGGGCAGAUGCUAAAUCCCAGUGCAUUACUGAGAGUGGAAAAAAUUACAGGGGCACAAGAGAUUACACAGUAUCUGGCUUUGAAUGCUUGAGAUGGGAUUCAGCUGCUGUUCUUGAAAGGAAAUACAAUGCAAUGAGAUCAGACGCAUUGGAACUGGGUCUUGGGCCUCACAAUUAUUGCCGGAAUCCAGAUGGCGACAGCAAGCCUUGGUGUUAUGUUCAAAGGAAAAAGAACUGGGAAUUCUGUGAUAUUCCACAAUGUCAAAAAAAAAUCAAGUCAAAGUGUGGUCAAAGACAGCAUAAAAUUCAUAAGAUUGUUGGAGGAGCUCGAACCACAAUUGAUUCUCACCCUUGGCAAGCAGCACUCUACGUUAUUGGAAAACGAUCCAAUGAACCCAUUUUUCAAUGUGGAGGAAGUCUGAUCAACUCUUGCUGGGUUUUGACAGCUGCACACUGUAUUAAAACCAAUGCUUCCCCUACAGACUAUAUGGUAUUACUGGGAAAACAUUCAAUAAAUGAAUAUGCAAAAGAUGAUCAAAACUUUCUUGUCAAAAAGAUAAUUAUGCACCAAAAUUUCAACAAACAUACAUACGACAAUGACAUCGCGCUGUUAAAUUUGAGAUCUCAAUCAGGAACGUGUGCAAAGGAGAUUCAAUUUGCACAACCUAUCUGUCUGCCUUCUAAUCACCUAAGAUUUCCAGAUAACACUCAGUGUGAAAUUUCUGGUUAUGGCAGAGAAGAAGCAUUUUCUCCUUUCUUCUCCAAAUUCCUGAAAGAGGGAACAGUGCGCUUACUUUCACAGCGAUUAUGCAGGUCCUCACGAUAUUAUGGAAACAAAGUGACUGAAAACAUGUUGUGUGCUGCACACCCUGACUGGAACAUAGAUUCUUGUAAUGGAGAUUCUGGUGGACCUCUGGUAUGUGAAAACAAUGGACAAAUGUACCUUUAUGGAAUAAUCAGCUGGGGUGAAGAGUGCGCCAAGAAGUAUAAGCCUGGAAUUUACACAAGAGUUACCAACUAUAUACAGUGGAUUGAAGAAAACAUGGCUGCCUAAUUUGUGGCAUUUUAAAUAAUUUCCAGUAAUAUUUGGCUUGAAUAAUAAUUUCAUCCAAUUUGCCUUGUCUUACUCCUAAUAUAUAUCAAUGUGGAUAAAGUUUUGAAAGGUUAAUAUUGCAUUUCACAGCUGCAAAAGCUUUCAAUGUUUGUCUGCAUCAGACAGCUUAUUUCUUUUUAUAUUUAUUAUUUAAUAUAGAUUUUUUUUUUAAAGUUAACAAAUCCUCUGAGAAGGUGAAAUAUUAAUUUACAUUGAUCUUGUUUCAUUAAUAAAGUAGUUUCAAGAUGGC